UCCUCGUGUCUCAGACUCUCAGCCCAUAAGAAUCAUACCCAAGGCUGCCCUUCUCCCACCACUGCGCCUCUUCCUCUCUCCGCUACCACCACCUUCUCUCGUCAACCUCCUCCGCCUCUGCCACCGAGCUCCGCCUCGAUGGCGACAUAUUACUGCAAACAGCACGGAUGGAAGAGUAAGAAGCUGUACCGCUGGAUCCUUUGGGGAGUCCCCAGCUUCCUAUCCGUCGUCCUCCUGACCAUCCUGAUAAUCUACCUCGUCCUCCUUCCAUCGAAGCCGUCCUUCGUGCUCCAGGACGCCUCCGUCGUGCAGCUGAAGGCCACCGGCCCCGGCCUCAUCAGCUCCUCCAUCCAGGCGUCAAUCGUCUCCCACAACUCCAAUAACCGCGUCGGCAUCUUUUACGACACCCUCGAGGCCCACGUCGCCUACCUCGACCAGCAGAUCACCCCGCCGGUGCUGCUCCCCCAGACCUACCAGUCCCCCGACGAGUCCAGCGUCUGGACGCCUCUCAUGUGCGGCACCGACGUGCCUGCCGCACCCUACGUCGUCGCCUCCAUCCAGCAGACCCCCAGCUACGCCUCCACCUCGUUCUCCGUCCGCAUCGGCGGCAAGCUCCGGUGGCAGGUUGGCAGCUGGACGUCCGGCCACUACGGCUUCUACGUCCAGUGCGACGCCUACCUCCCCCUCUCCGGCGGUCGUGGGUCCCACAGCUUCCUCCCAACGUACCCGUGCCAAACCAACGUGUGGUCGCAGCCAUGACCUCUCCCACCACCUAUGUCAUCUCCCUCGCCUUUUUCCUACUUAUUAAGGUCGUUUUCUUCGACGAGAGGCUUAAAAGGCGGUGGAUGGAGGUGAAAGAAGAAUACUUAGUCUUCUUUUGCUUGUUCUCUGUGAUCUGUAUACUCUUUCUGCUUUGAACCUCUUUGAAGGAGCUGUCUUGGAUGCUGCUCUAGAAGGGCAGUGAUUCUUAACAACAUUUAUGUUGUGAUUUUCUAACUAUCCUUUGUUUAUGUUU